AUCCACUAAACAGGAUUAUGUUCAUGUGUUCAUCAGCAUGAAGUUAUUGAAGUUAUCAAAGCAAACAUGGCUGGAAUCAGUUUUACUGUAACCUGUGUCUCUGAGUGUGUGUGCUGCUGUAAUGAGUGGAUGUCCCCGCUGUGGGACUAAUAACAUUUACUCUAUUCUAUUCUAUUCAUUCAUAUCAGCCAGUAGGGAAAAACGUUUGAGGAUUUCUGGCCUUUCCAGGCUUCCGUACCAGUAACCUGGUCAUGGAGGAGGGGUUUGUCUCACAAACAGGAAAAACACACUGGUGAGGCGCCGGUAAUUACCGCAUCACCAACUAAUGUAGGAGAGGGAGUGUGUGAGUGAGUCACCACGGUAGGAAGCCCAGCUUGCUGUGAGCGAGGAUCUGUGGCUGAUGAGUGAAAACAAAAGAGAAACAUUCGGCACCGAAGCUCCGUCAACACCGGCUGGCGACGCGGCUGCAUUUCUAAAUAAAGCAUGUCAUUCUGGCGGCGCGCGCGGCUGCAGAUCACGGUUCUGGGAGAACCGGGCAGGCCUGUCCCAUCUACAGCGUGGAGCUCACCGCUCCGCCCAUCUCACAACCAGAGCAGAAAAAAGCACAUGGGCUUGGAUUAUACACAUGGGAUUAUGUGUGUGAAAUAACACCAGUUAAAGUAUUACUUACGUGUUUGUGUGCAUGCUGUUCAGCAGCUAAUGCUAUAAUUAAUGUCAUCAGGUUUUUCAUAAGCCCUACACACUGUGUGUGUGAUGCGCGUCUGGGGAGCGCAGGCGCUGGUUUAGCGUGAGAUAUUGGAGGUGUGGCGUGAGAGCGUGUGAAGAGGGUCAGAUGCGUGUGUCUCACGCUCAGUGCCUGAGAGUUGGCAGCUAUGUGUGUUUAUUAUUCUCGUCUUUUUGAAAGCAACCCACUAUGGACACCGGUAUGGGUGAGCCAGAGGCCAGGCAACAUGCAGCAAGAGGAAGAGAAAGAGGCAGAGCUGCAAACACGGGUGACAUUAGUAGACCUGCAGGAAGAAGAGGCACAGCGAGAUCAGGAAGUAAGUGUGUAAAUGAUGCUUUUAUUAUUCCAUGCUGUAGUUCUUUUUUAAAGCACACAGCAAUUUUGUUGACCUGUUUUCCCGCUACGUUUCGUUUGCGGCUGCAAACUUCCUCUGCUCUGUGUUUUAAAAAGGAACUACAGCAUGGAAUUAGAGAUACGACACAGCAAGAACACACCUACGAUGCUUUUAUUAUUGUGUUGAACUGUGAGCAUAAUUGUAAUAAUCUUGAAUCCAUUCAGGACGGAGGAUGCAGCCGAACGCAGAGGAGCAGAGAGUGUCCGCCAUGUUGGAAGAGAGAAGGCUUGAGACAGAGUCUGCUCCACCAGGAACUUCUGCAGACACACACCCUCGAGGAGUACUGGGAUCUAGGUAGGGAGCUUUACGCCAGGCAGCCUGGGCUGGUAUGUGAUGCCUGGAGUGGUGCCCUCCACCUGCUGACCUGCCUGGGAUACCACCAUGGUGCACAUGUGGAAACUGCAGACAUGCCCACUCUGCUGGAGAGGAAGUGUUGUAACCAGGAACCAAACCACCGUGUCCGCCCACUGCCACACUUUUCCUUAUUUUGUUUAGAUGAAGGCAACCUGCGAAUUCACAGGCGAUACCGGGAGGACCUGAUGGUGGUGAGGCCGGCGAGAGAGCCAGGGGAUGACGACCGGGAGUACCGCCAUGCUGCCUACAGACAUUUCAUCUUUUGGCAGCAUGGUGCUCUCACGCGUCAUCCCCAGCUGCUGUGUGUGGGCGAUCAGGGACAGGUACCCAGACCCCUACGGGCAGUAUAA